AUGGGUUUGCGAGGCAUUGCCUUUGUCCUCCAGUGUUACCUGAUGUUGGCAGCAGCCAUGUAUUUUGAUCUCGGAGCACAGGAGGAAAAAUGCAUCAUUGAGGAGAUUCCUGAAGACCUGCUGGUCACCGGUUAUUUCUUUUUGGAGCCUUGGGAUUUGAAGACAUUAACCAACUCCCCUCAUCUCGGCAUCACUGUGACAGUCAGAGACCCAAACCAUGAGGUUCUGAUGAACAAACGCUAUGGUAAAUUUGGUAAAUUCACCUUCACAGCUCACGCCUCUGGUCAGCACUACCUUUACUUCCAAACCAACUCCACAAGCUUUGCUGUCUAUGCUAAAGAGAGGCUGAAGGUACAUUUGGACGUUCAGAUGGGAGAGCACUCGAUUGACCCCAACACUAAAAAGACCAAAGACAACAUGGAAACUCUGGAGAACAGCCUCAGUCACCUCAUAGAUCAGAUGAUGUACAUCACCAGGCAUCAGGAGUACCAGAGGGAGAAAGAGGAGGUGUUUCGUCAGAUCAGUGAGGACACCAACAGUAAAGUUCUAUGGUGGGCCGUGGUGCAGACCUCUAUUCUGCUUUCGGUCGGUUUCUGGCAGAUGAAACGACUCAAAGACUUCUUCAUCGCCAAGAAGCUGGUCUGAUGAUGACCCCUGACCUGUCAGAUCUACACAGUGACCUUAUAGCAUGUCCUGGCCAUACUUGUCCCAGUGUCUAUACUGUAGUCUGCAACAAGUAUACUUUAUGUCUGUAUCGCUUCAAAAGUAAAAGCACUCUCCUCUUAUUGCC